AUGGAUACCAAAAGCACCACAGCCCGCUCCACCGUCGCCGUCGAGCUGCGCAUAUGGGACCCCAACACCGCCACAACCACAGCCACGAGUACCACUCCGCGCAUCCGUCACCUCAGCGGCGACAUCAGCUGGGAGAAACUCCACCAAAUCGCCUACACGACCUUCAGCGUCGACCGCGCCUCCCACACCGUCCACUUUCACCGCGACUCCUUCCGGGACGGCGGCGGCGCCUCGCCCACGAGCGGCGGCAAGCGCAAGCCGCGCCUGAAGAUGGGCCUCUGGGCCGCCGGCGUCUACCACGGCGUCGCGCUGCGCAUCCGCGGCGACCGCAAGUUCGUCAUCUACGCGCACUUCGUCAAGAAGGACGAGUAUUGCAAGUGA